GCCUGAGUCAUUUGUUUUCUGAUUGGUGUUGGGAGCUUGGGACAAGGCGUGGGUAGGGAGCUAGGUCCCCAGGACCUGGCGAGGUCUUCUUAGGUCUAGUGGGAAAGGCUAAGAUGAGCAGUGGCAGGGGGAGGAGGACGUGGAGUGGGAGUGAGUGAGUGAGAGUGUGUGAAUGUGUGUGUGUGUGUGUGUGCGUGUGUUUAAAGGGGUAGGGGGCAAUCUGGUCACAGCUGUUGGUAGAGGGAUAUGGAGAAGGCACUGUCCCCGUGUUCCUGCCGCAGGGAGGGUGGGGGUAUGGGAUCAGAACGAUAGCCACUGUGGCUGCCUGGGGAGUUGGAGGCAUCCGUGUGGCCCAGGAGGGGAAAGCUGGGGGACCUUUGACCAACUGGGUUGGGACGGCGGCAUUGGUGGGAAAGAGAGGAUGAUUCCCCUCCCCAAGGUAUUUCCCCUCAUUCACUGGAUGCCUGGGGAGUGAAAGGAGGGAAGAUAGAGAAGCAGAAAAAACGAUUCGAUUCCCCGCCCGCUUAAUCAUGACCUCCUGGCCACCUCCAGGCAGCGUUUGCACGUUCCUGUGCUGCCGCAGCAGCCCCAGCCAUGUAACAUGACCCGUGCAGCCAGGGCCCAGUGCAGCGCAGCCAUUGAGCUCUCCCAGCACAUGAAUCUCUUGCGUGUCUCUCCCUCUUUCUCCCUCCCUCCUCUCUUUCUCCCCCUCUCUCCGCUGGCUCUCCUCUGUCUCCCUCUCUCUUUCCACUGCCUCUGUCUCUUCUGCCGGCCUCUCUCUCUCUCGUUUCUCUCUCUCUCUCUUUUUCUCUCUCGCCACUGCCCCGCUGUCUCCGCUGGCUCUCCUCUCUCCCUCUCCUCAGCCUCUCUCGAUCUCUUUCUCCCUCUCUCUCUCCUUUGAAAACUGAUCUUUGGCUCUUAGUGUGAAAGUGAUUUGAAUUUGGCUCGGCGGCGCUCUGCGCCUGCGCCCAGCCUCUGGCAUGCUGGCUCCUUCCAAGCAGCUGUUUUGGGUUUGAAAUUCCAACAUGGCAGAGGCUGCAGUCAGUCUUCCCUUCAAAAACUUGGAAUGAUUUCAAAUCAUAGGCACCUUCACUUAACCCGAGCUCCCAUUCAUCAGCAAACACAUCGGAUCGAUGCUACUCUAACCUAUUGGGUUCUUGCACCACACAUUCAGGUUAAAUGAAUACCUGACGAAAGGGCCCACGUUUCAAGGCAGUGACAUUUGAUAGCUGAGAGGAAAAGUGGCUUUAAUGAAAAGCAACCUUUGGAAUUCCUGCUUGUGAGAAAUCCAAUUCAGCUUUUUGUGCUGCCAGCAAGAAAUGAUCAGUAGCACCAGUGUUUAUGGCUUGAAGAUGCAGUGGACGCCGGAGCAUGCCCAGUGGCCAGAACAGCACUUUGACAUCACCUCGACCACUCGGUCUCCUGCCCACAAAGUUGAAGCCUACCGUGGUCAUCUGCAGCGCACCUAUCAGUAUGCCUGGGCCAAUGAUGACAUAUCUGCUUUGACUGCCUCCAAUCUGUUAAAAAAGUAUGCAGAGAAGUAUUCUGGAAUUCUUGAAGGCCCAGCUGAGCGGCCUGUCCUCAGCAACUACACAGAUGCACCUUCGGGGUUGGUGAAUGGUCGGAAGAAUGAAAGCGAACCUUGGCAGCCGUCUUUGAACUCGGAAAGCGUGUAUCCCAUGAACUGUGUUCCAGAUGUAAUCAGCGCCAGCAAAGCUGGUGUAAGUACAGCUCUCCCUUCUGCAGAUGUCUCUGCCAGUAUCGGGAGUUCUCCUGGAGUGGCCAGCAACCUGACAGAACCUAGUUACUCUAGCAGUACCUGUGGAAGUCACACGGUACCUAGUCUAGGGCUACCAUCUCAGGAAUAUGCCACAGGAUACAACGGAUCAUAUUUGCAUUCUACAUACAGCAGCCAGCCAGCACCUGCACUUCCUUCCCCUCAUCCAUCCCCUUUGCAUAGCUCUGGCCUUUUACAGCCGCCACCGCCUCCGCCGCCGCCGCCAGCCCUGGUUCCAGGCUACAAUGGGACCUCUAACCUCUCCAGUUACAGCUACCCCUCUGCUAGCUAUCCUCCUCAAACCUCUGUGGGCCCUGGCUAUAGCCCAGGGGGUGCGCCUCCCCCUUCAGCAUACCUCCCUUCAGGAAUUCCAGCUCCUACUCCUCUGCCCCCCACCACCGUCCCAGGCUACACCUACCAGAGUCACGGUCUGACACCUAUUGCCCCCUCCGCUCUGACAAACAGUUCGGCGAGUUCUCUCAAACGGAAAGCCUUCUAUAUGGCGGGGCAAGGAGAAAUGGACUCCAGUUAUGGAAAUUACAGCUAUGGCCAACAGAGAUCUACACAGAGUCCUAUGUACAGAAUGCCCGACAACAGCAUUUCAAACACAAACAGGGGGAAUGGCUUUGACAGAAGUGCUGAAACAUCAUCCUUAGCAUUUAAGCCAACAAAGCAGCUAAUGUCCUCUGAACAGCAAAGGAAAUUCAGCAGCCAGUCCAGCAGGGCUUUGACACCCCCUUCAUACAGUACUGCUAAAAACUCCUUGGGAUCCAGAACCAGUGAAUCCUUUGGGAAGUACACAUCCCCAGUAAUGAACGAGCACGGGGACGAGCACAGACAGCUCCUCCCUCACCCAAUGCAAGGCCCAGGACUCCGUGCAGCUACCUCAUCCAACCACUCUGUAGACGAGCAACUGAAGAACACUGACACACACCUCAUUGACCUUGUAACCAAUGAGAUUAUCAACCAAGGACCUCCAGUGGACUGGAAUGACAUCGCUGGCCUCGACCUGGUAAAGGCUGUCAUUAAAGAGGAGGUUUUAUGGCCCGUGUUGAGGUCAGACGCUUUCAAUGGACUGACUGCCCUACCUCGGAGCAUCCUUUUGUUUGGGCCUCGGGGAACAGGCAAAACAUUAUUAGGUAGAUGCAUAGCUAGUCAGCUGGGGGCCACGUUUUUCAAAAUUUCCGGUUCCAGUCUAGUCACCAAGUGGUUAGGGGAAGGAGAAAAAAUCGUCCAUGCGUCCUUCCUCGUGGCCAGGUGUCGCCAGCCUUCGGUGAUUUUUGUUAGUGACAUUGACAUGCUUCUCUCUUCUCAAGUGAGUGAAGAACACAGUCCGGUCAAUAGGAUGAGAACCGAGUUCCUUAUGCAGCUGGACACUGUACUAACUUCUGCCGAGGACCAAAUAGUAGUAAUUUGCGCCACCAGUAAACCAGAAGAAAUAGAUGAAUCCCUUCGGAGGUACUUCAUAAAACGACUUUUAAUCCCGCUUCCUGACAGCACAGGGAGGCACCAGAUAAUAGGACAACUGCUCUCACAGCACAAUUACUGUCUCAAUGACAAGGAGUUUGCACUGCUUGUCCAGCGCACAGAAGGCUUCUCUGGACUAGAUGUGGCUCAUUUGUGUCAGGAAGCAGCAGUGGGCCCACUCCAUGCCAUGCCAGCGACAGACCUUUCAGCCAUUAUGCCCAGCCAAUUGAGGCCAGUUACAUAUCAAGACUUUGAAAAUGCUUUCUGCAAGAUUCAGCCUAGCAUAUCUCAAAAAGAGCUUGAUACAUAUGUUGAAUGGAACAAAAUGUUCGGUUGCAGUCAGUGAUACUUUUUCUUUUCUUUUCUUUCUUUUUUUUUUAAAUGUAAUGAAUGUUGGCACACACACACAAAACCUGCUACAUAGGGUAGAGAACCCCUUUUCAGUAGUGUUCAAAUUGCAAAGGGUACUGGGGGAGACAACAAUCAUGUUGCAUCUUUAGAGUCAGGGUAGACUUGGAGGAAAAGUGCAUCAAACAAGAGCUGCUGAUCUGAAAAGCCCCAGAUGACAGGAAGCGUGUGUUGAUGCUCAGUUCUGUUCAAGCCAGACACCACUCACCAAGGAGCAAGGUGCAAGUGGGUUGAUUUCAGAAGGACAUGAACCCCGUGUGUUGAUUCCAUUUUGCUGUUCUCGAGAUUUAGUUGCUGUCAAGUGCCUGGAGUGGUGCUUUUUUUUUGUUUGCCUCACAAUUACAUUGGUGGCAUGUGCUAAUAUAAAGAGCUUUAACUUCAAACAUUAUUGGACUAAAGAGAUGAACGGUUGUGUUGCGACAGAGAACCAGAUUUUUGCCAUUCUAAGAGCAACAGUAUUCCUCAAUCCUGUCUGUUCUGCGGUAUUAAGCUAAGAACAGGUAAAACAGGGUAACGGUAAUCUGGACCUUAAUUUCUGCAGUUCAUUUCUUUUAAUGUUCUGUCUGCAAAAACUCAGGAAAGUGAUUGUGAUUUGUACAGUACCUCAAAGGAAUGUGUUGAAAGCACUAUCUACUGCUGAGAGUUAUAGGCUAGGCUUCAAUGUUACUUUAUAUUAAAUAUGUAUGUUUACCUCAACAAUUGGAAAAAAUGGAAAGGAAAAUUAUUUUGAAUGUAUCCAGGAAAAUACUGAAGUGUGAUAUGACUGAAUCUUUGCAGUUUAAAGUAGAAAUAGAAGGGUUUCUUCAACAACAACAACAACAACAAGGUUCUUUUACAAUUUGGGAAUCAAACCAGAGCAGAAUUAUUCUCUUUAUGUCAGUAAACUGUAAGAGUUCUUAGUACAUUGCUCCUUGAUAAUUAAGUGAUAUGGUUCUUAAAAGAUAACACUGGUGAAGGAAAGCCACUUACUCCGUUUAUGUUAGCAUCUGGAAACAAUCAACCACGAGAUCUGUUAGGACUCUAAAAGGCAUAUUACCUAAAAAACUGACUGCCUUUUAUUGCGUAAGUGGUGGUCGUGGUAGUUUUGAAGUUAUUUGUUAAAACGGUUGGGAAUGGCGACAUUCUAGCUCAUGGAUAUAGCUUAUGGGGUUGCAGUGCUGCUCCUAGAAUGCGGUGAAGAGUGGCCCAAAACAGAAACAGCUCCCCCUCGACCCCUCACAAACACACACACAGACAAAAUGUCCCUAUACAAACCCUCAAAGAUACGGGAAUCUCCCACCCCCACCCCACCCCCAACACACACACACUUUGGCUCCAUUUUUUUGUCAAUAUCUUUUCAUUAUGCUUUUGAAAUCUCUCCUGGGCUGGAGUGUUCCCGCCAUUAUUUCUACCUCAGUUUUGUUACAUUUCUCUUUGAAGAUAAGUAGAAAAUUCUACCUGGACAUGUGCACGUGUGCAGAAACACAUAUAACUUGCCAAACAAAUUAAUUGCUUUUUCCUCCUUCCCUUCUUUCCCUAUAAGCCAAGUUUCUGAAAAGAUCCACCUCCACUCUUAAUCCACCUUGACCACACUCUCCGUGGAGUCUUUCCUCAUGGAAAGACCAGCUGGCACAUGUGGCAUUUUGCUCAGUUCCUUACUCCUUCCCUCUAGCCCUCGAUGGCAUUCUCUUUCUCCUUUAAUGGUUUAUAUGCAGCAGCAGCUGCUCAUUGACUGCUGACUGAUGCUGGGCAAUGCCUCUGAACAGGGGCAGUGUAGGCUAUAACUUUUCCAAACCCACUGCCACUACAUGAGCAGAAAAGCUUGGCUUUUUGAAUGUAAUUGGGGGGGGGGGGGUGUUUUAAAGAGACAGUAACAAAACUGUUGCAAAGCACUGGCAUUUGAUGUUUUUAUUAAGUAAUGUACCUUCAAAAAUAAAUAAAUAAAUAAAUAAAUAAAUGCACUAAAAAGCCCCAAGAAGAUAAAUAUCUGUUACUAGAUUUUUUUUUUGUCAUUUCAAAAUUUAUGUAAAGAUCUCAUUUGGAAUGUUAAAUUCUCUGAAACAUUUAACAUUUAGAAAGCUGAUGAGGGAUUUCAUGAGAUUUCUGGAAUUUUAUGAUGCUUGAUCGUUGCUUUCCUUUUUCUUUUCUCAUAUUACUAAAAACAGAGCAAAUGAACCAAAAUUUAAUUUUACUAUGACAUUUUGUCAAUUAAAACUGUGUUUAAACAUGAAAAUUCCAUAUUAAAAACAGUGCCUUUCAUUAAGGGUAGAGAAAAUACCAUUUAAAUAGAUCAUCUGCUUUUCUGCAAGUGACUCAACUAUACAAUCGUGUUCUGGCUCCACACUGCGCUUCCCUCAUAGGAGGGAAAUUCCAACAUCCCCAUUAGCUUGUAGGUUCAUAUUGAUCUCACUGACAAGUUUACUAUUGCAGAGUGCUGACCUAUUUUCUGUCUUUUAGACAUUGCGUUUCAUUUCUGUCAUCACGCUGUGCUCACUUGAAAGGUUCUGCCAAGUUUUGACAAACCUCUUCUGAUUUAGAACACUUUGGAAAAAUCUGUAAUACUGACCCUUUUGUGACUAGUAAAGAGUUAAUGCCAAAUAUGGGACUGAACUAUGUUGUUUUAUGCUUUUGUUCAAAAACUGAAAUGAAGUUAUGGGCAGGCAUUUGGGCUUCUAGCUCUAAAUUUCUCCUUUAGAAAUUUGAAUUUGAGAUCUUAUUGGUCAAAAUUGGUCAAAAAUAGUUAGACAAAAGCUGAAAUAAUUUGUAAGUUCCAGCUAGCCUCAGAAUUCCGGGGUUUAAGCUCUUAGGAAAUGACAUAUGCUGUGGAAAGGAAGAAGGGAGAGAAACAGCCGACCUGUGAGCCGUCUUCUAAAAUUCUGACUCCAUGCUGUCCAUGGGUGGGCUUAAUAAUUGUCUGCUCAUCCAUUCCUUCUGGAAGUAGUUAUACUAUUUUACGGAAGUGAUUGGGAACAAUCAGAGGUAGUCAAAUCACAAUAUUCAGAUUGCACAGAGUUGGGUUCCUUUUUGGCUGCUAAGGACUUAAAGAAGGCCACUAAUGAAUGUAAGGUAAUGAGCCAGUCCAUAUAACAACUCUGCCUAUGCUGAAUGGCCAAGUGAUUGAGCCAGUCUGAUUAUCUGAUUAAUAGCCCCUCAUAAUGCUCUUCUUCAAAAAUACAAUAAUUCCAACAAUCACAAACACACAUACACACUCACACACACUCACACACACACAUACACAGACACCCCCACCCUGAAAUCCAAAAGGGAAGUGGAAGAUCUUUGCUUCAGCAGAUCCAGAAGGAACAAUAAAGAUUCAAGAGGUACUUGAUAAUGACCUUAUAUGUGACAUAGAUGAAAAUACUCUACACUUCUGGCAUGCUUCUCUCCAAAAUAUUUAGAACAUUAGUGACAAUAUUGAAAACUUUGCUGACUGAGCUGAUCAAUGGGAUGUGAAGGCAGUUUACUUUAAGGCUAUUUACUUUCACACAGAAUGUUUAUCUAUUAGUCAGUUUGUAUUCCACUCAAAUGCAGAUAGACGGGUAUAAUGUUUUCUUGUGCGUUUCAAACCCAUCAAGGAGAAAAUAAACCAUUCUACUAAAAUACAUAGGCCAAACACCAUCUGGGCAAGUGAUAGCAGCUAUCCAGAGGCUAUGCUAUGUGAAACAGUAUAAGGUCAUUUUACAUGGGUUUGCAUAGUACUUGGCUAUGCAGUUUUCAAAAUAAGAUCAUCCAUUCUCAAAACCCAAAUUAAUUCUUGUGAUAGGUUUUUGCAAAUUUAAAUAUAUAUGUAUGUGUUGAGGGCCCAAUUUUGGGGAGAGCAUUUAGCAUUCCAUUCUUUGAAAACACAUACAACUUUAAGCAAAAAGUGAUUCUCUAAUUACAUUUCCAUAUGUUUCCUCUGAGCCAGAAUUGAGGUGUCAUGAUCACUGAAUCUAUAUUCUGCAAAAUGAAAGGGAACACAGUUUAAUGAGCUGUUGAGGUCACCAAAAUAAAGUUCUAAUAUAUAAUCAAUCUGUGUGUAUGUUUGCGUGCGUAUGUGUGUGCCAGUCUGUACCACCACCACUUUGAAUUUGAAAACCUACAUUUUACAUUAUUCACAAGCACCAGGUAUAUGCUUUCAUUGUUUGUGUGUGUAUGCACAUGUGUGUAUGUAAUGUAUUCUAGCUACACAUAAACACACUUCACAAAGUCUUUUAAUACAUAUUUUUUUCUUUUGAAACGUAAACGCCUUCCGUUGUUGAAUCACCUGCCGAUUUUUAGAUGAAGCACAUUAGCAAACAUGGAGCUAUUAGUAUUUCAGAAUUCAAAACCAGCUGUACUUGUGACUAACCAACACAUGAACUGAAGCUCACACUCUGCUAAGACCUUUGGUUGACAUUCGAUUUUGAACCUGCCAGAUGCAUUUGUGUGAACCAGGGAUACUGCAUCUUUAAUGAACAAGUCUCUCCUCUUUCCCCUGUUUUUAAAUACAACACAAGCAGUGUAGCACUAGGCACUGCAAUUGUCAAAGACAAUUAGACUGAAAGCAGGAAAAUUUCACCUCCCUGUCUCAGUGAUAUGUAGAAUGUCGGCAGCAUGGGUCAGCCUUGCCACAGAGUUGUGGGAGAAUAUAUGAAUCAGUCCUAUAGAAUGUUAAAUAUUUAUAAAAUGGUUCUGUAGUACACCAAGGUUGGGAGCACAUUCAUUCCUUCUUGUUGUCUUAUGAUAUAAAAAAGCAAAAGUUUAUUUCCAGACUUAAAACUUUGUGUGUGUGCGUGUGUGUGCACGCCCAAGAGAGCGUUCACAUAAUAAAAGUGUGUGUGUGUGUGUGUGUGUGUGUGUGUAAUUUUUCUUGUGAUUUAUAUACAGUUGCUAGGGAAUUUUUGCAUUUCUUUUUUUUCCUUUUAUUUUUUCCCCAUUGGAUGUAUAUUCAAACAUUGUUCUUUAUAACCAUUUCUACCUCAUUGCUACAUAUUGUACAUGUAGUAUUUAUUUGUUGUCUUUUUUUGAAUGUCAUGCAUUUCGUAAGAAAAAGACUUGUCCUUGAACUUGAACAGUCUACCUCAGAAAGACUGUCUUUACACUGAACAGUAUUAGCAACCUAAAUGAUAAGACGCAUUAGCGAAGUGUGGCAGGGUAGAUAAUGCACGAGUACUUGGGAUACUGAUGGACUUUUAAUUGUACUCAUAACACAAGACUGCUUAAAGGAACUUAAAGGAAAUUAUGCACUGUAUAGGUCUUCAUCGAGGUCCCAUUUUUGGCAUAAUUUAAGGAAUACGGCUUUAUUCCCAUAUACCCAUCUCUGAAAAAAAAAAAAUUGCUAGCAUUUCCAAGCAUUCUUCUGCACUGGCAAUCUGGCUACUUAAAAAGAAAAAGAAAAACAACAACAACAACAACAACAAAUCUUAUCCUAUUGACUGACACCCUCAUCUCUUAAAUUUAAGAUAAAUUGUGGUACUUAGUUAUUUUUAUCUGCAGUCUUCAGUGAUUUAAAAUGCCUUCAUUGUAAUUCUGUGACUCCCUGUAUAAUUAUUAUUAUUAAUAAUAAUAAAACAUUGCAGUUGUAAGAGCCUGCACAACAUUGAAAAGAAACCAAAAAACAAAAAACAAAAAAAAAAUGGCACUUCCCAAAGGAAUUAACAAAUAUGGAGUCAAGGUGCUCUCAAGUUCUGUAAUCAAAAGUGUUUUAUUGCUGAUUCUUCUUUAUAACAUGUAUUUGUUUUUUCAAAGUAAUUGUACAACUAAUGGCACAUUGAAUUACUUUGUAUGAAGUGUUUGAUAUUUUACUAUUUAUUUUAGCAUCCAUUCUUUUUUCUUCACCAGCUCUACAUUACAAUAGUAAAAGAACACUUAACGUUUAAAAUUGCUGAAAGGGGUCCAACCACCCAAUCAAUGAAUGGACUUUUGAAGUUGCUUGUCAGCAAAUUGUGGAUAUUUUACAAAAGCAAAUGAACUGUGACAAUCCACAACUCCCACAGAUGUGAAUUCAGAAAUGCAUCUGAAACUCUUGGUAUGCCUGACAAUCUAGUCUUUAAGUUUCAUUAACAAAGUGGCAUCCAGUCCUUUCACUUACAAUUCCUUACAGGAAUGUAUUGUCUAGAGGCUGUGUAGUAGUGAUUAAGAGAGGGUUUUUUGUUUUGUUUUGUUUACUGUAUUAGGUGAGGGAUGCCAUAUUUCUUGUCAGCUAACAGUACUUGUCUGAGACAGAAAUUAAAGAAAAAAACUAACUAAUUAAAAUUUCUGUGCACUUUGCUUCCCUGGCCAUAUUGAUUUUAUUUGCUUAAAUUGAAACAAUACGCUGGAUUUGACCAGAUUUUGACCCCUUGCAAGAAGAAAAGCCCUAUAUAGUACAUGUUUCUUUGGGUUAUUCUGGUACUGUUUGCUUAUUUG